UCCCGGGCGAGCCAAUUACAGGCCGAGUCAGGCGGACUUUGGCCAAGUGGUUUCCGGGUUGAUGGCCGUCGUCCAGGAUGCUGCUGGUUUUGUCUGAAGAACAUAAAGAACACCUCUCCUUCCUGCCGAGAGUUGACUCCGCAGUGGUCGGGGAGUUCGGUCGCAUAGCGCUGGAGUUUUUAAGGAGAGGAAGCAGCCCCAAGAUCUACGAAGGAGCAGCCAGGAAGCUGUGCGUUCCCGUGGAGACGGUGCAGCAUGGAGUGGAAGGCCUGAUGUAUCUGAUGACAGAGAGCUCCAAACACAUGAUCUCUAAGGUGGAUUUCCUGGACUCGGUGUUGGUUCUGGGCUUUGGUGAAGAGCUCAACCAGAUCCUCCUACAGCUGUACCUGCAGAACCACAGUGAAAUCCGCAGCAUUCUGAGUGAGCUGCCGUCCAACCUGCCCGCCUACCACAACCUGGAGUGGAGGCUGGAUGUACAGCUGGCGAGUCGUGCAAUCCGCCAGCAGGUCAUCCCCGUGCUGACGAUGCGCCUGCUCCUCACGGGAGGUAGUGACAGCCCCGGGGAGCUCAGCAGAAGGGUUCUCCAGACGGACCCCGGCACCCUCCUGCACCUCAUCUCCACCCUGGAGGGGGCUCUGGCUGCCAUAAAAACCAACCACGCUCGCCGCAUUUUCCGCAACAUCAAAUGAUCCCAGGUGUGUUCAUGCGUAAGCUGCCUGUGACCUGGCCUUUGUACAACUGCUCUGCUUCUGGAUGGUGGACCAUCUGACUGGACAAUACCAUAAUGCCAGAUAGUAGUGACUGUAUAUUAUGUUCCUACAGUGCCACUGAUGUCGUAAUAAAGGCCUAGACAACAUGAAACGUCCUUCUUGUGGUUGGUUCAGCCUUCAGUGGAGACACCGUAUCAACAUGGACUGGAACAAAAAGGUUGUUAAGGCCAGCAGUUACACUAAUGCAGUGAUCCAACUCUGUGGGUCCACCAUCCAGAAGCAUAUAUAUAUAUAUCUCAAUGGAUGGGAUCAGAGUUGUUAUACAGUGGAACAUCUUUUUAAAGCAGAUGAAGCAGCUGUAGUUUGUGGUGCUGCUGAACUUUACUAGGUUACACUGACAGGUUUAGAUCUAAUCUGUAUUCAUAUUGGAUGGAAGAUGCAUUACUGAGGUAAACAUUUAAUUCAGGGCUGUUGUAUUCCAUCACACUGCAUUAGCUUUAUAAUGGUUUCAUAAAGUAACAACAAUUACAGAGUAAAACUUUUACUGGAUAGUAACACAUUCCACACACACGUACCGUUUGUCUUGUUACUCAAACAUCAAGAGGCUGAUCAUAAGUGUGGUGUCAUCGUACAGUUAAAUGCACAAACAUCACUAUUCAUUACAUUGGUGAUGAACCUCUUCUGUGUCUCUACAUUGAUAGUGAUUAACCUCAUAGUAUUUAAUAUCUAUGAUAGAGUGAUCAAUGAGGCUACAUACCGUAAGAUAGAUGACAUGAUCAUUAGUGAUUAACAAAGUAUUUAAUAUCUAUGAUGCAGGGAUCAAUGGUGCUACAGUUAUAUUUACAUUUUCAAACAAUGAAAUAAAUAGAAACAUUUUCAAGCAUAUACAAGCAGCUGACCAGACAUUAAAUAUCAUACAGAGAAAUAUACAAUAUAUGUAUGUAUGACUGCAGGACAGAAUACUCCUGUCACAAAUAAACAUUGUCAUAUUGCU